AUGAUGAGUGAUUUAUUGUUGACUCUCCUGAAUAUACGUUUUGGCAGUAAGUGUCUCAAAAAAGUAAAUCAUGACACACCAGUGUCGCAUUCUUUAGUACAAAAGACCAUAAAAAAAAUUAAUUCAAUGUCAUCUCUCCUCUUACUCCAUCUCGUGAUAAGCAUGAGUUCAACUUCAAAUCUAGAAUAUGAAAAGAUACCGAAGAGGUAUAUUGAUCCUCUUGCACCAAAGGAUAAAAGUGAGGGAUCAAGAGUUAAUGGAAAAGAUUGGAAGAUAAAGAAGGAUGCAUUCAGGGUGAAAACAUUGGGAGUUUCUAAACCAAAUUCAUUCAAGGAAAGGGAGUUAAAGAAGCUACAAGAGCAACAAUACAAAGAGAGAUUGAAGGAGUUAAAGGAGGAGAAAGAGUCACUUAAGAAACAAAAGAUUGAUGAUUUAAAGAGAAGACGCGAAAUAAAGGCCGAGAAAGAGAGACAUGAGAAGUUGGCAGCCAAGAUGCACCAGAAGAAAGUGGAAAGGUUGAAGAAGCGUGAAAAGAGAAACAAGCUUCUUAAAGAGCGUUAA